AUGUCUCUCGACGCCUCAGUCAAGUCUUGGGUUGCCGCCGACGCCCGCGGUGACUUCUCCAUCCACAACCUGCCCUUUGGCAUCUUCUCCACUGGAUCUGGCGAUGCCCGCGCUGGUGUUAGAAUCGGUGACCACGUUGUUGAUCUCCAGGCUCUCGCCUCCGAUGCUGCCUCGCAGCCUCUUACCAACAUCCACGCCAAUGCCGCUCUCUUUGGCAAGUCGACCUUGAACGAGUUUGCUGAGCUUGGCCGCGCCGUCCACCGUGGUGUUCGCACUGAGCUGCAGAGCAUCCUUGCCGCCAACACCACCCACGGAGCCAUCCUCCGCGACAACGAUGCCCUGAAGCAAAAGGUCUUGAUCCCGGCCGACAAGGUUACGAUGCACCUCCCCAUGCAGAUUGGCGACUAUACCGACUUCUACGCUGGCUACCACCACGCCUUCAAGGUUGGUGUUCUGUUCCGUGGCCCAGAGAACGCUCUCCAGCCCAACUACACGCACCUCCCUGUUGGGUACCACGGCCGAUCCUCCAGCAUUGUCGUCUCUGGUACUCCUAUUCGCCGUCCCAAGGGUCAGAUUCUGACCAACCCUACUGCCCCUGUCAAGGAGCCCGUCACCAGCGCUUGCAAGAGACUCGACUACGAGGUUGAGCUUGGUUGCUUCAUCAGCCGCUCCACCAAGAUGGGCGACUCUGUCGAUGUCAACGAGGCCGAGAACUACGUCUUUGGCUACGUCCUGCUCAACGACUGGAGUGCUCGUGAUAUCCAGGCAUGGGAGUACGUUCCUCUUGGCCCCUUCAAUGGCAAGAACUUUGGCUCUACCAUCAGCCCUUGGAUUGUUACCCCCGACGCUCUUGAGCCUUUCCGCACAGAAUCUCUCGAGAACACUACCCCUAUUCAGCCCUACCUUCAGGAGACUCAGAAGAAGAACGUCUUUGACAUCCAGCUUGAGGUUGGCAUCAACGCCGAGGGAAUUAACAACGCCGUUCUCGCUCAAACGACCGGAAAGAACCUUCUCUGGUCUUUCUCUCAGAUGAUUGCCCACCACACUCUUGGUGGCUGCCCUCUCCGCGCCGGUGACAUGAUGGGCUCUGGUACCAUCAGUGGCACUGAGAUCCGCCAGCGCGGUAGCUUGCUUGAGAUGACCGAAGGUGGCAAGCAAGACAUUGAAGUUGGUGAGGGCAAGGUCCGCCGCUUCAUUGAGGAUGGCGACAGCGUCUUCAUGCGUGGUUGGUGCGAGAAGGACGGUGUUCGCAUUGGCUUUGGUGACUGCGAAGGCACUAUUCAGCCCGCUAACUAA